GAGCACCUAGGCGUGAAAGUAGAGAGUAGAAACAGGGGAACGGAGCUCACCCAGCUCACCAGAUCCGAUAUGGAGAUCAGCACCAUCUCACAGGACCCGACUAUUCGACCCGUUUCCGCCGACGACGAACCAGAGCUCGACCUCUACACCAUUCCUACGUUCUCCAGUUGGUUUUCGUGGGACGAAAUUCACGAAACAGAGAGGAUUUAUUUCAGAGAGUUCUUUGAUGGAAGCUCAAUAUCGAGAACACCGAGGGUGUACAAGGAGUACAGGGACUUCAUUAUCACCAAGUACAGGGAGGACCCAUCUCGGCGGCUCACCUUCACGGAGGUUCGCAAGUCUUUGGUGGGCGACGUCAGCUUGCUCCAUAAGGUUUUCGAGUUCUUGGAGAAAUGGGGUUUGAUCAAUUUCGCUGCUGCUCCGUCCAGUGGUCGUCCGGCGAGUGAGAGCGAGGAGGGUGAGGAGAGGUGCAAGGUUAGGGCUGAGGAUGGGGCUCCGCAUGGGGUCCGGGUCGUGGCGAACCCGAAUUCGUUGAAACCGCUUCCGGUGCCGAAUUCAGGUGGGGACGAGGGUGGAACCGGAUUUGGGUUCAAGCUACCACCUUUGGCUUCCUAUUCGGAUGUUUUUGGUGAGUUGGUGAAGCAGAAGAAGGGAUUGGUGUGUGCAAAUUGCGGAGAAGGGUGUCAAUCUGGACACUAUGAGUGUACGGAGGGGAGUUCUAUUAUAUGUGUUAAAUGCUUCAAAAAUGGAAAUUAUGGGGAGAACAUGUCUGCUGAUGAUUUCAAGUUUAAUGAUUGCAUGGAAAACACUGGUACUUCUGGAACCAUUUGGACCGAGGCAGAGAACCUGCUUCUUUUGGAAUCUGUCUUGAAACAUGGAGAUGAUUGGCAGCUUGUUGCCCAGAAUGUUCAAACAAAGACUAAACUAGAGUGUAUUUCAAGGCUCAUUGAGAUGCCUUUUGGAGAUCUCAUGUUGGGUUCUUUCCAUGGAAAGAAUGCACCUGGGGGAAUCAGUGGCAACAUGAGCUGCACCCAACAAGUUCCCUUAAACUCAUCUGAAUCGCAAGACACUGCUGGAGCAGGGGAUCUGUGUCAUGAGCAAACAAAUGAGUGUAAGUUGAAUGGAGAAGCUGAGACUCAUAGUCCUCCUUUAAAGAAAAAACGUGUUGCUUCACUUUCUGAUACGGAUAAUUCACUGAUGAAACAGGUAGCUCGCAUCUCUGGAAUGUUUGGUCCAAAUAUUGCAACUGCUGCAGCUGGCGCUGCUGUUACUGAACUUUGUGAGGAAAUACCUUUUGCAAAAGAAUUAUUUGAUCAUGAGGAGGUUAAUGUUCCAAAUGAAGUAGGGUCUCCAUCUCCAAAUGAUGAGCCAGAAAGGGUCCUUAAGGUUGAAGAUUCGGAUAUGAAAGAAAUGCUCCCUCUAUCAGAGACUCGGGAGAUAUCUACAGAGAAGAAUGCCGUACCUCUUACUUUGAGAAUAAGAGCUGCAGUUGCAACAGCUCUGGGGACAGCUGCCGCUCAUGCCAAAUUGUUGGCAGAUCAGGAAGUCAAAGAGAUGGGAAAUUUAGUUGGUAACAUAAUUGAAACACAGUUGAAGAAAUUGCAAUCUAAAAUGAAGCACUUUGAAGAUCUAGAGGUGGUUAUGGAGGAGGAGUAUGCCCGAAUAGGGCAGCUGAAAGAGUAUAUUAUAGAAGAGCGAAUUGAUGUCCUGCAAAGAACCUUUAGUGCUGGGAUAUCAAGAUGGAGGGAUCAUAAUGUAAAAUCUUAAGACUGAUUCUGUAUUUUGAAAUGGAUUUUUGUUUCAUCUAAUGCAAGGAGGAAGAGGGAAAAUUGGCUUUAUAUUGUACGCAUCAUGUUGCCUGGCCAUCCCUGAAUUCAGGGGUAGCUGUUGCUUUGAUCAGUUUAGCGAAUUAUGAUCCAAGACGGUUCUUUUUUUUUUUUUGGGAUUACGUACCGAGUAUCCAUGUGUCCGUUUUACGAUUCACGUGACUAAUGUGGUUCUUUACUGCAUAUCUUAAUGAGCAUGUACCAUUUGUUGUUAGUCA